AAUGUCUCUCACUGCUGUGACUGUUUAUGGAUGCUCUGUAAUGAAAGUGCGGCAGUUCCGGGUCGGAUCUGUCAGCCCUGCAUUGUGAUCCCGGCACUGAUUGGGGGAAUCGCUCACCUUCUGGACCGCUGAUCAGAACUGAACCUGAAGGUGAGAGAAUAGAGAGCUGGGAGCCAGCAUGGUGUGUGCUUGGAGUGAAUGGAAUGCUGCAUUGUGUUACAUUGUAUCACAUCCUGGCACUUUGCUGCAAUAACUGUGUGUUACUGGGUUAUAUAGUGUGUAUACUGUGUGUUCUAGGAGUAUACAGAGCAUUACAGCACCUGUCAUUGUGCACAGUGUCAUUCAGUGUUAAUUGCUGCCAUUGUGCUAUAUUUGAGAGUGACUGUGUGUCUGGGUUAAAUGUAUUCCUGUCUGUCUACCAAUUAAUGGCAUGUAACACACAGCACAUACUAAAUAUAGAUAUAACUGUUAUCUGCCUGAUUCAAUGUGUCUCAUCUGUCUGUUCAUUUUCUUUGUAUCUCUUCUGAUGUCAUUCCCAUUUGCUCUCUCCUUUACUUCUUCUCUUUUUUUAUGUCUUCUGUUUUUUUACUUUCUGUUAAUCUGUAUUUGUCCAAAAUGACACUCCAAACAUCCAGCAACUUAUUGUAGUGGUUAUGGUGCCAGGUGUCUGUUAGUGCAGUCCCAUAUGUUUCCCCAGUCACCAAAAGCCUACCCCUCCUUUAGGAAAUGUAACAUGCUCACUGUCCUUCCAGGGUUAUGAGGUAAGGGCUGAGAGCCUAGAAACCGGACAAUUCAGCGUUACUUGAUUGCACCUUUUAUUUUUUAUUCCCUAUUCUUCAACCCCAAAAGUUUCUGAUGUGGGACAACAAUGGCAUAUGUCGAUUCAGUAUGUCUGGACUGAAUUGUCCUAUAUGCCGCUAGCCAAUGGUUUGACUACUUCAUUUUGGGGGUCCCAGGACACUCCUGGCACCAUAACUUGUACAGUGCCCUGUAGUGGUUAUGGUGCUUGAAGUGUACUUUUAAAGUAACUACCAAUUGCUAAUUAAACUGCGGUUCAAUGACCAAGCAGAAGCUUUCUCGCUCCCUGCUGCUAGCCUGGAAUUCCUGGAGGUGAGUCAACUUUGUACACACUUUCUACUCUAACACAGUAUGACACAUCAUAUUUAAACUAUGAUAAUAUUCUGUUUAUUUAGAAUUAUUGUCUCUUCUUCACAAUCAAGACAAACUAUAUUUAUACAUAUAUAUAUAUAUAUAUAUAUAUAUAUAUAUAUAUAUAUAUGUAUAUAUAAUUUAUUUAUUUUUAAUCUUUUUAAAUGUAUUUUAUUUUUAUAUUUAAGUCGUUUUUUUAAAUUGAGAAGUGAUGCAGAGAUGGAAAUGCUAUCACAAUAACAUAAAUUCCAAAUGCAUGUCAGAGUUGGACCCCUGCUUACCCCGGGGACAUGUCCCUGCUCCUGAUAUUCUGUAUACUCACUACCACUAUCUCCAGUACUGUAUGAUUAAAACAAACAUGGCUAACGUAUGUUGUUAUAAAUAAUUGACCCAUAUGAGUGUGGAAUGGUACAGCCCUCCCCCCCCCAAGUGAAUUGCAAUAUUGUGUUAGGAGAAAUCAGGAAGUGUCAGACCUCUGCAAUGUGGGUUCUGCAGUGCUGAAACUGAACAGCUCUCUAGCUUUAUAUCUCCAUACCAAGUCCUGCUCUAUGGUGGCCAUAACCUGAUGCCCAGCCUAAUGUUGUGCAGUCUUGUUUAGCCUACACACUGUAUAUUCUGCAAUAAGUGGGUUAAGCCCAGGCUUGCCAGAUCCAGCAGGACACACAUAACAUCUACAUGAUGCAGGACAUAUCAUGAAAAGUGCUUCUCUCUUUGACAACUUACCUGUGUCCAUCAGUCACCUCCUGCACUGCAGGGUUUAGGUCAUUGGUGCUAAUGGGAUCUCCAUGGAGGAGCUUCCAAGAUCUAGAGAAGGAGGUGCUUGGAAGACCACGGUUUAGCUGUCAAAUUGUUUGCAAACACCUACUACAGGACUACUUGCAAUGGGAGGGUGCUUGGGCACUAUGUGGCACAGCAAAUGUGGACAGGGCAGGCGACACAUGUCACUGGGUGCCACAAGGCCAGCUGUGGUAGGAAGUAUUUACUCCUUCCUGCUUUCACUCUGCAUGUGGAAUAGUUUCCAAGCAAUGGGUGCCGGCAUAUAACUUGGCCUCGCUGCCUGAAAACUGGAUCACACACAAAGUGGAAGCAGUACGGGGUCCAUGCUUACCCAUCACUAGAUACCAAGGGCCCUGGCAUGAUCUCCUCCUUCCACCAGUGCCCAUACAGCGGAGUGAUACAAAGAACAGCAACUACCCGUCACUACUGGCGUAACUAACAGAACUGAAGGCUGCUGGGCUCAUAACCUCAUAUGUGUGUAUGGACCAGUGGGUGUUUGUAUUGACCAGUGAUAGCGGAGAUUUGUAUGGACCAGUGUGUGUGUUACUGUGCUUAUAUAGGUUUACUGUGUUUGUGUAUGUCAGUAUGGAUCAGUGUGUGCCAGUGUGUGUUAAUGUGUGUGUCAGUGUAUGUUAAUAUGUAUGCAUUAGUGAUUGUGUAUCAUUGUGUUUGUAUGGGUUUCUGUGUGAUUGCAAGUGUGAGCACCAGUGUGUGUUAACGAUGUAUGUGUAUGAUUUUGUGUGUGCCAGUGAACAUGUGUAUGUAUAUCUGAGAGCGUGGGUGUAUGGGUCAAUGAAACUAUAUGUCAGUGAGUGUGUUAAAGAAUGCUCUGUUCCAUAUUUAUAUAUAUAUAUAUAUAUAUGUGUGUGUGUGUAUAUAUGUGUAUUAUAUUGCUAUAUUAUUACUGGUAUUUAUAAAGCGCCAACAUAUUCCACAGUUCUGUACAAUUCAGGAAAAUGACAGUACAAUAUAAACAGACCAAUACAAAGGGUAAAGAAGGCCCUACCUGUGAGUUGAGAUCUAGCCAUUGAAGCUCGUUUAUACAGAGUGUUUUCCUAGAUAUAGUCUAUAUAAGCUUACAAUCUAAAGGUUAAACUGAGCAAUUUUGACAAAAGGUAGCAAGGGGAAUUUGGAGUUUAUGGCCAGAGAGAAUUAAAAAGGAUAAUUGCAGCCUCUGGUAACCUGUAAAGGGAAUGAUGAGGUAGCUGAGUGUUAUGUCAAACAUCUGAGAAAGCCUGUUAUUAAAUUAGAAGGAACUAUGGUGGGCAGGUAGUACUUAGUGAAAAUGAAGUGGCUUUGUUUCUGUUGGCUGGUUUAUGGAAUUAGCCCUGAGAAAGAGAGAGACACGGUUAUUUGAUGGAAUUUACUGCUAGGAGGUGCAAAGAAUAUAGGGGUUGGCUAGAGCAAAAUUUGUUGUAUACAAUUGAAAUAUUUGCCAACUAAUACACUGACUGAAAAUAACAAUGAAAAACUGCAUGUACAGAAAUAUCGAGGUAAACUACAGAUACAAAUGGUAACAUCAUUAUAUACCAUAUAUAGUUAUAGUAAGUAAAUAAUACUAUGGUAAUAAAGGUAGAAUAAAUCAGGUGGAGUAUCUCCCAAACAUAGUCAGGACCUUUGCACAAAGUUGCACAACAAGGUGGAAAUGAAGUGGCUUUGUUUUGAUUAGCUAGUUUGUAGAAUUAUAUAUGUAUUUUUAAGCAUAAUAUUGCACAGUUUGAUGUUUAAAAUAUAUACACAAAUAGAAAUAUAAUGCACCUCAUAAGGGUGCACAAUGCAUUACAUUAGGGUGUGUAUCCUUGAGAAAAUUAACUUGCCCGCUUCACUUAAAAAUACUAAUUUAACAAAAGAGGUGCAAAAUGCACAUUCUUGUUCUAGUGAUAAAAAGGUGUAUACAGAGAAUUUCUUCAAAACAUCGCAAACUAAUACAAACUCACACAGGAGUGAUCACAGAGGCCUAAAGGGAAAGAGUGGACAGUUUGGCCCUGGGCACACUUGGCACACAUACCUACCAACAUUUCAAAUGUACAAAGAGGGACAUUUUAAUUAUAGGGGUGUGGGUGUGGGUGAAGCCAGUGGCGGGCUGUUCUGGGAAAUUUUAGGUAACAUCUCUAUGUGGAACGUUCAGCGUCUCCAUGCAAAGCGUGGAGACGCAUUGAGCAGCACUGACCCAGAGGAAGCACCUCUAUUGGUCAUCUUAAUGACUGCCACUAGAGUUGUUCCUAGACAGCAAUGUAAACACUACCUUUUUUCUCUGAACGAGUAGUGUUUACAUUAAAAAGCCAUUAAGGACAUGCUAUACACAUCAGCACUAAUGCAUUAAGCUGUAGUUGUUCUGGUGACUAUAAUGUCCCAUUAAAGACACAUUGUGUGUAUUAUUACUGUGGAGCUCUGUUAUACACUCAGACACACCAACAAUAAGGAGCUUCUAGAAAAUAGGGAUAUUAGGAUAGAAAAGCAGAACCGCUGGGAUUGGUCCCAAAAUAGGGACUGUUCCUUCUAAAUAGGGACACUUUGGAGGAAAGUCAUGCACGUGCUUAUGAUGCACUUACAUUAAAACAAUUGUGUGUAUGCAUAAUACACUAAGAAAUCGCAUACACCUAUAUAAAAUGUAAGAAGGACUUUGCAUUCCUCAUGGAUAUUCAAUAAACUUUAAAUCGCAGGUCAGAGUUUUGGCCAUAAUUGCUGUAGCUUGUUUAUUUGGAUGCAUGUAUCUGUCACAGCCCGGCCUGUAGGAGUUCAGCAAGCUGUAUUUCCAUGUCUCCUCCUACUUUGUUUAUUGGGGUACAUCAGGGUUUUCCCCCCUAAGUUACUGGCUGUUUCUCCACAUUUUGUGAACAUGUUGCUGCAUUGUAUACUGGAGGCAUAUUGUGGGGAAAUUAAGGAAGGACGUGACCCUAAUUUACGUGGGUGUUUUGGGGCCAUAACAAAGUGGGUGCUGUCAUGAACAAUAUUCAUGAGUGUACCUGCUUACUUGAUUAAGUAAUGCAAAGCGUCCCUGGAAAGGUAAGAGGUCAAAAAUGGAGACGACCAUAAGGAGAGGGUGAGACAUGGAAUGAGACAUGUUUACAACAGAAAAUUCAUAGUGGAAGUUAUUCUGCUUUAAAGGACCACUAUAGUGCCAGGAAAACAAACUAGUUUUCCUGGCACUAUAUAGUGCUUAGGUCCCCCCCAUCCUCAUUCAGGGCCCCUCUCCCGCUGGGCUAAAAGGGUUAAAACCCCUUCAGCCACUUACCUUAAUCCAGCGCCGAGCUAUCUCGGCGCUGGUGAUCACUCCUCCCCCUCUGACGACAGCUCCCGAGUGGAGCCGAAUGCGCAUGCGUGGCCAGAGCCGCGCGCGCAUUCAAACUGCCCAUAGGAAAACAUUAUUCAAUGCUUUCCUAUGGAUGUUCUGCGUGCUCAAUGCGAUUUUCGCAUUGAGCGUCGCGGAAGCGCCUCUUGCGGCUGUCAAGAAGACAGCCACUAGAGGCUGGAUUAACCCUGCAAUGUAAACAUAGCAGUUUCUCUGAAACUGUUAUGUUAACAGCUGCAGGGUGAAAACCUGGGGGACCUGGCACCCAGACCAUUUCAUUGAGCUGAAGUGGUCUGGGUGACUAUAGUGGUCCUUUAAGUGAUAUGGAAAUUCAGUGAUAAACUUUAAAGGACCACUAUAGUGCCAGGAAAACCUACUUGUUUUCCUGGCACUAGGGUCCCCCUCCCGCCGGGCUCUGGGGAGAGGAAGGGGUUAAAAUCUUACCUUUCUCCAGCGCCGGGCGGGGAGCUCUCCUACUCCUCUCCUCCUUCAUAGCGACGUCAUCGGCUGAAUGCGCAUGCGCGACAGGAGCCACACACGCAUUCAGCCAGUUCAUAGGCAAGCAUUUACAAUGCUUUCCAAUGGACGCUGGCGUCAGCACGCAAGUGCCUCUAGCGGCUGUCAAUGAGACAGCCACUAGAGGCUCUAGAGGCUGGAUUAACCCUAUUAUAAAAAAAGUGUUAACCCUAGCUGGACCUGGAACCCGGACCACUUCAUUAAGCUGAAGUGGUCUGGGUGCCUAUAGUGGUCCUUUAAGGGUUAUAGAGGGGUACGAAUUUAGGUGUCUCAAUAAAGCAAGUGAGGUCAGGUGAAUUGGCAAAUAGGUGCAGACUGUAAACAUUAAAAGUCCUCUUUGGCUUAAGGUCAACCACUGAGGCAGGAUUCCGUGCAAGGGUAUCGCACCAUUCUGGUAGUGUUAAAAAACUUUUUAAAAAUGGGUGGCUUUCCAUUGAAGUGACGUGAGAAUAUAAAGUGAAAUUUCAAAUUUAGGAUCAAAAUAGUCAUACAGGAAAAAUGUUCAAAAAUAGUCAGCUAUAUUUCUGUUAAGCUACUCUGGUCUUACAUUUGAAAUUCACAAAUUCACUUUGAAUUCUCAGUUCAAUAAAAUUGAUUUUGUUUUUUAAGUUGGUGAUUUGUGAAUUACUUUAGUUUUCUUUUUUUGGCUUAAAAUUUAAAGGGAAGUCAACCUAUCUGGCUGUCUGUCAGGGAGAUGUUUGUCAGAUUUCUGACAGUUUAUAAAAGGGCCUUUUCUAAUUGAGGCACCAACUUGAGACACAUAAAGCACUUUGAGUGUGUGGAGAAUAUUAAUUUAUUUAUCCCCCCCCCCCCUCUCCCCACACUUAUUUUUAUGAUCAGAAAAAAAGGCACUGGGUUAAAGGGGAGGUAAUAAAUAUAUGAUGUGUCACAUUGAACCAAGGACACCUACAGGAGGCAUUACUAGGGAGUUAGAAAUUAGAGUGCAGAUAUAUCACAAUAAACCACAGUCAUAUCUACAUCUGCUUCUCAAUUAGCAAUUAACUGGGGGGCAGUGGGUGAUCCUGAGACUUUGAGAAGAACUGGAUGUAUUGAAAAGGCAGAUGAUGAAAAUGUGUGUAUAUUUAUAUACAGAAAUGGACUUGACUACUAGAGUAUCCGGUGCUAAAUACUGUAUAUAUACAUUUGUCCACAAAGAAAGGGCUAUGUGAUUCUCACUUUAUUCAGUUAAUAACAGGCCAUUUAUCGUCUUACAAUCUCAGUAUGAGCAAAGGUGAGUAAUUUGCAAGGUCAAAGUUUGCUGCCUGCAGAGAGUAUAAUAUAGUGCAGCAAUAUAUGGAGAGUGAGCAGAAUUAUCCCACUGGAACGAUACUCAUUAUUUAAUGUGUUGGAUGAGCAUCUAUUAAUAGCAUUGCAGCCGUCUACAGUAAGUUUACUAGGUCUCAGACUAUGUAGAAAGUGUGUCCUUUCACCCAAGGGUGCUCUAAAAUUGUUUCUUUUUUUUGUUUUGUUUUUUCACUUUAGUAUUGCGGCCUUAGAUCUUUAAUUUUCUUUUCUUUUUAGUUAGUUGUAACGUCUCCUUGCAGGAAAUCUUAUUUUCUCAUCUUUGAUUAUGUGAUCUCUUAAAACAUUUUGACCGUACAAUGAGCCGGCAAGGUCCUACAUUUACAGUGAUUUAGCAAAUAUUGCAGAGACUGCGUGCUUAGGAAAAAUGUCUGCUGUCAGCACUAAACACUAAUACCUUGUAUUAGCCGGUAUCUUCUGCAGUCUGGACUCCUUAAUGUAAGCAACUUCAUUGUUUGCUGCAGAUUCAGUCUUAACUUCUUUAAACACAGGCUAUUUACUGAAAUGUGAAAAGUCAGGUAUCCAAAGUGUAUUAGACAAAAAUAGCUGAAUUUAAAAAAUACUUAUGUUUUCAGUUGAUCUAUGUUGGCUUCAAAUUUGAAAUAAAUUUUUAAUCUUUUUUUUUUUAAAUUUCUGACAAUUUACGUUGUGAAUACCCUUGACUAUGUUAAUCCCUCUUUUCCAGUGGAUAUUCUUUGGGAGGCUAUUUAAUACUUUCAAUACUGUAAAAAGCUUUCUAACAUUAUCAUGUUUUGUCAUUUGCAGGGUUAGUCACUAAAUCCAAAUUUUGUUUUGUGUGCGCACACAUUGAAUAAACAAACCUCAUAUUCAGAGGCUUGAGUGGCAAGAUACAUUUUCACCGCUAGUGCCAUGUAACCUAGAUACACAUGUGAUCAUAUUUUUCAGUUAUAAGACUCACCAAAAUAUAAUGCACCUAUAUAUCUUAACUUAAAAGAAAGACAACCAGUACAGUCAUUAUGGUAAACUUAGGGGGAUGUAGUAUAUCAUUGUACAGUGGCUGUAUGUGCGUGUGUGGGAAUUUGUGAGGUGUGAUAAGGGCUGUAUGGUAGGGGGUAAGAGGGGAGUAGUUUUAUAUGUUUGUUUUUUUGUUGUAUUCCUCCCUCUGUGCUUCUUACCGGGGGCGAGGAAGAGGUAACAUGAUGACCCCUGUUGAUCCAGUGGGGAGUGACUCUAGCUGGCACCUUCCAAGGUAUCCAUGUGUAUAUGGCACAUGUGCAGAAUAUAAUCUCCCCCACCACAGACUGUGGUAAUGGCCCAGUGAGGGAGGUCUUUGAUCUCCCUUUCUGGACUGCCCACAGUUUUAUAAAUAACAUUUAAAAAAAUAAUAUAUAUAUAUAUAUCAAGAGGGGGUUGGCUGCACUCACCUUAACAUGCAUAAAUGGGGGUGCUGCUGGGGGCCAAAUAAUACAAUACACAAGAUCCAGCACACUCACCUAUCCACUAAACAGCAACUUCAAUGUUGAAAGAUUUUAUUUGUUUUUUUAAAAACACCUAAUCUAGGCAAAAAUAAUGGGGGUUUAGUUACAUUAUAUGAUCAUACAUUGCAUAAGCCUGCCACAACGUCAAUGUACCCCAUCUUUGGCAGGUCCUACACUAACAGCCUAAUGUCUGCUCUUAUGAGAUUAACCUACUUGGGGAAAGAAAUUCCAUCUGGGGCUCUCUGCAGUACAAGGCUAAAUAGGGCCCUGGGAUGAGGCACCUGUGACAGGGAGGGGUGCAAAACCAAGGAGUUGGCUAGACUCCCAAAUAUAUAUAUAUAUAUAUAUAUAUAAAACAAGAGGGGGUUGACUGCACUCACCUUAACAUGCAUAAAUGGGUGUGCUGCUGGGGGCCAAAUAAUACAAUACACAAGAUCCAGCGCACUCACCUAUCCACUAAACAGCAACUUCAGUGUUGAAAGAUUUAUUUUUUUAUAUAUAUAUAUAUGUAUAUAUAUAUAUAUAAUCAUAAAAGAGAAUGCAGACAGUUUAGUUUUUUUUCUUUUUCAAAACUGCAUCCUAUAGUCGGAAAAAAAGGAUCUAUUUUUCUAGGGAGACUCUGUUGCAGCUUCAAAUCUUUGUAGCACAAUAAUAUUUGAUAGACAAACAUUACCCUAAUAAUAUCCUUCUAUCUUGACAGACAGACCCAAACUGAACAAAUAUGGAUCUAGAUAUUGUGAAUAUGGUCCUGAUUGCAGGUGGUACACUUCUGAUCCCAAUUCUGGCCUUCACUGCAUCCUUUCUCGUAUGGCCGGCUGCUCUGAUUAACAUCUAUUACUGGUAAGACAUUGACGUUUGUUAAAAAAGAAAGAAAGUGGGGUUAUCCCGGCCCCAACUGGCAAGAAGCUUGCACCAUCGCAGCGGCAGCACUCACAAGCCUGUAUGUUAUUCCGUGCACUAAAAAAAUAAAGAAUGUAAAAAAAAAAGAAGAAAGAAAAAAUCGUUUAAAUUCAGCAUUCAUAUUACUUAAACAAAAUGCAUCAGGAAAAAAAAAAAAUUUGUUUUCAGCCCGUUUAUCUUUGUUCUAAAGAUCAUUCCAGUUAAAAUAUUCAGCCCUCACUUCAAUAGUAGUCUAUUUAUUGGUCCUAUCUCUAUUACAGGACAGUUAAUUUGAAAACCAAACCUUUCAUUAACUGAAUAGAAUUGCAUUUUUCACUAACAUUGCAUUAGUAAGCAAGGGAGCUCAGUGACCUUGACGCCCAGCAUUCUAAUCCCAGUCACAGUUUGCCUGCUGAUUUAUAGACAUUCAAAACUGAUUUAAAAGGUUGGGCAAUAGUUUUCUGAUUGUCUGCGUUUGAUAUUAAAGAUAUCAGGCAUGUAAGUUUCAAGUCAGGUAUACAUCAGAGUAAGGUCUGGUAAGGUCUUGAGAUAACCCGACAUAGAUUGAUAAUAACAGUGGAACAAUUUUCACUAUGGAAUUAUGUUGUUCGGUAGGUGGAAUCAGUAUGGCCCUCAACUUUUCCAAUUUCAUCAGGGACAUUCUAAUUUCAGGCUCUGAUCCUCCGAUCUUACCUUCAGGAGUGAAACCAUUUUCAGAAGGUUAAACCCUGAAGUCAUACACAUAGCGCCCAACAACUCCGCAUUCUGGUUUCCUUCCUUUGGCCGCCUUUAUUGCCCAGAAGGUUUGCCUGGGUGAUAGCACCAGAGAGAACCAGCUAUUCAUUGUGAGUAAUAGUACAUACUGUUACAUACUAUUACUCGCAAGUAGUGGCCAGUGAUAGUUGGCUUUCGUUCUGUGUCAAUAUUAGUAAAGAGGCUUUUAAAAUAUUGAUUUAGUUAUUGAGCAAUGCAUGGAUAGCCAAAAGGAAGCCCUCCAUUUUUAGUAGAAUGGAUCCAAAGGCAAAUAUGGAAUCAGAGGGGGGCAUUUUAACUCUCCUGUAGGAGGUAACUGGUGCCCAGUGCAACUCAGGUACGUUUUUAAACCAUUAGCGGCUACUUACUGUGGGAGGAUGCCAGGGCACCUCUGACACCAUAACCACUUGGCGUGUUCCUUUUAAUAACACAAAAGGUUUCGUUUUCUUCAGUAAAUUAAAUAUACUGUGCUACUCCUAACAUUUACUCAUUUAUUUAGUGACUCGUACAUUAAAUAAUACAAAGAAAUAUGAAGAUGACGUACACUGUGAUGAUUACUUUUUUACUUUAUUGAGUGCUUUAAAAAAUUAAAGAGACGCUAUAGUCACCGGAACCACUUAAGCUUCAUGUAGUGGUUCUGGUGUCUGUUGCCUAUCCCUGCAGGCUGAGCACUGUAAACACUGCCUUUUCAGAUAAAAGACAGUGUUUACAUUGCUGCCUAGGAACACCUCUAAUGGCAGGCACUCAGACAGUGUACUCGGCAUGGAGGUGCUAAAUGUUUGACAUAUGAGGAAAUGCUGAUUGUGGCAGCAUGACAUUUCCUAUAGGAAAGCAUUGGAGAUCAUCAAGACUGAUUUCAGCCAUAAACUCACCUUUCCCAUUCAAUCGAAGGGGAGCUAGUCACCUAAAUAGUUAAACACUAUAGUGUCAGGAAUGUAUAUUUGUAUUCCUGACACUAUAGUGUUUAUUUAAAGGGACACUAUAGUCACCCAGACCACUUCAGCUCAAUGAAGUGGUCUGGGUGCCAGGUCCCAUAGGUUUUAACCCUUCAGAUGUAAACAUAGCAGUUUCAGAGAAACUGCUAUGUUUACAUGGCAGGGUUAAUCCAGCCUCUAGUGGCGGUCUUCCUGACAGCCGUUAGAGGAGCUUCUGCGAUGCUGGAUGCGAAAAUCGCAUUCAGCGUGGAGAACGUCCAUAGGAAAGCAUUGAGAAAUGCUUUCCUAUGGGUGUUUUUAAUGCGCAUGCGCAUUCCGCUUCACUCGGGAGCUGACAUCGACAUGGGAGGAGAGGUCACCAGCGCCGAGGGAGCCCGGCGCUGGAUUAAAGUAAGUAGCUGAAGGGGCUUUAACCCCUUCAGUGCCAAGAGAGGUGGGCCCUGAGGGGGGGGGUGAAGGGACCUAAGGGUUAUAUAAUGUCAGGAAAAUGAGUUUGUUUUCCGGACACUAUAGUGAUCCUUUAACUGUUCCUGUGAUCAUUUAUAUAAAGCAACACUUAGAUAAUUAUGUUUUUUAGUCAUUUGAUUUUUUGCAUUCCUUUUACUUCAAAUUGUAUCUUACCCUUCUGGUUUAACAGGUCAGUUAGGUGAUUAGGAUGUGAAACUGAUUUGAUCUUAGGUCGGUCUAACCUUAGAGGUUUGCGUUGACCUGGCUGGUGAGCGUACACUUUGAAGGCCGUUUUAGUGGUACUAAAAGCAAAUUGCUAUUUAAAUCUGCAUUAAAUAAUGGGAUAGUAUCAGGUAAUGUGUUUUUUUUUUUAAUUCUAAUUAAAUAAUUGAUGUAUAAAUGUGAAGCUGCAGUUUGUAUGAUGCUUAACUGUUUGAUUAUCAAAACGGUGUCUAGUAGGAGACAUAUCUGGGCUACUCCGUAGACCCACAAGUUCAGGCAGUCUACAUACCUGCCACUAGCAUCUUCACUUCUCCCACUUAUCAAUCUGGUAAAGCCUGUUGACAGGAUGUGCUGCAGCAGAUUUGGACUCCCCAGGUCGAGAAUAGAAGCCCCACACUUGUACACAUGUGAUAUUAUAAUGACCGUAUACAUAAUUUGUGACCAGUCCUCGUUUGUUCUGUGGAUUACCUUGAAGUGCUCUUCACUGGCCAUGCUUGAGAGCAUUCUUCUAUUUUUACAUGGUCUACAAUAACCAAGGUGCCACUAGGACAUUUGGUGAAGGCCUCAUAAGCAGCCUACACCUGGGUAUCGGAAGAGAUGGACGUGCUCCUGUUUUGGGACUGUGGCUUCAGUUUAGACAUAAUGUUGCUGGUAAAUCAGUUUUGUCGGGCAAGAUUUCAGUAUCCAAACUACAGAAGCAUAUGAACUUCCAAAGCACGUGUGAGCAGGACUGGAAAAUAACUCUUACUCACUCAGUUAUGUUUCCCAUGUUCUUAUACACUAAUAAAACAUACUUUUAUAUAUUUGGAAACUGAUCCCUUCUGCUAUGUAAAAAGAAACUAUUUAGAAUAUAACAAAGUGCUUUCACUGAGGCUCAAUAAUGAGGAACAGAUCACACAAGGCUAAUUUGCAGAAACUUAUCAGGAAUUACAUUUCAAUUGUAAGCACUUCAGCCAAGGAUGCAUCCUGCAUAAAAUAAGGCAGGCUACAGUAACCUAACAGAAUUAAUUGAUACAUUAAAAAUAAAGAAGCCUUGAUCAGAGGAAGUGGACAUAACUUGGAGCAGGAGAGCAGAAGACUUGUGGGCUAAUGCAAUUUGACAGAAAAAGUAGUAGAUACCUGGAACAGCCUACAGUGGAAGUUUUACAAUCUGACACAAUAAAUGAAUCGAAGAAUGCAUAAACUGUGCAUAAGGGUGUACGAAAAAAAAAAUCUGUAAAAAAGUUUUUAUAUUAAACAACCUAGACCAGAAAAAACGGUUCUUAUCUGGAAUCUGGUCUAUAUAUUACAUAAGUGUAAUUAUUACAUUGAUGCUAUAUUUUGUUAACCUUGAUUUUUGUUAAAUGAUGCUCACACACUCACUAAUUAUGCUGCACCUUAAGUAUCUGGUAUAUUUUAUCGCAGGUACUGGCGACGGACGCUGGGUAUGCAGGUUAAAUAUGUCAACUAUGGAAAUUAUACAUUUUGUUACAUUACCAGAGGGAGACCAGGCCCCAAACCUUCUUUAUUAAUGUUACAUGGAUUCUCUGCCCAUAAAGACAUGUGGCUGACUGUAGUUAAGGUAAGGGUUAAAUGAACAGUAAACAUUGUAAAUGUAACUUCAUUGUAAAUGAAAUAUAUGUAAUAUGAUGCCCUUUAGUGGUGAUUGCUCUGUUAUUUUAUGGAUCAUACAUGUAACAUCUUAAAAACCACAUCAUAUAGUCUUUAAUGCCAGAGACUUACCAAGAGAAUUUGCACCCAGUCAGCAUUGCGUGUUGGAGCCUAUAUCUCUAUCAGGGAUUAUACAUUUUUUGUGCGUGUGCUUCUGCACCCCCUUGCCCCCUAGUGUCAUUCCUGAUGCCCCCGUAGUCCCCAAGUGCGAACUGAUACCUCUAACCUGCCUGAACUAACAUGCUUGGCCACUGCACUUAUUAUCUGGUUUGUGAUUGGCUACAUGUCAAAACAGAUUUCAGAAAUUCGACCAAUCACCUUAUUGGUCCAAAUUCUGGCGUACUGCUGUUGGUAAAGUAAUUAAUAUCUGAACCUAGAAUUCAUAUUGUAAUGAAAGACAAUAUAUAUGUUGUAGUGACCCAGUUCCCAUCAUUGAAGAAGUUCUAUUCGUGAACUCAUUAGGUCAGAGAAGACAGAUGGAUUCAUUAUUUGGAAAGAGUUUUGUGGGAAACACUGAACAGGGUUUCCGAAUAUUAAAGGAAACAAAUCAUGAUGUGGUUUUCUACUUGAAAGGCCUAUGACAAUCCUGAAGUCGAUAUUUUUGUUUGUUGAAAUGCUGAAACAUUUUCCGAUUUUUGCAGUUCCUACCUAAGCACCUUCACCUGGUGUGCGUGGACAUGCCUGGUCAUGAGGGAACUACUCGGUCUGCUUUGGAUGACUACACGGCCAAUGAACAAGUUAAAAGAAUACACCAGGUAUUUGUAAAACUGGUUUAAAAAGAAACAGCUUGAUUUUAUUUGGAUAAACAUUUAUAUUUUAGAAUAAUUUCAUGAGCUGUUCUAACGUUUAUAUGUUGCACAGAGACUGCUUAUGGUUCUGGAAAAGUGGUUCCUGAUAAGAGCUGUGGUGCUUUGGUGGCCAGGAGUUAAGAGGUCAAUAGUUAUAUGCAGGAAAUUAUAAUUGCUGUGUAAUACUUAAAGGGGAAAUGUCCUUCCUGGAAUUUUAAUAUUAUCUUUAUAUGGUACUUACCCCCUAUACUUAAAGGGAUUCUAUAGUGUUAGGAACACACAUCUGUAUUACUAACACUAUAGUGCCCUCUGGUCCCCCCCCCUCCCUCGGCACUGGGUCGGCACUCUCCCUCCUCUGAUGUCAUUAGACUGUGUGAGGAGGGGGCGAAUGCGCAAGUGUGGCUAGCGUCGCGAGCGCCUUAGGCCCUCCCCAUAGGAAAGCAUUUAUUCAAUGCUUUACUAUCAGGGUUUCACUGAUGCUGGAUGUCCUCAUGCAGAGCAUAACUCCAUCCAGCGUCAUUUAGGUGACCUUGCGUGAAUUUGGAUCCACGAAGUGCCUCUGUCUGACAGCCACUAGAGGCAGUCUUAGUCCUGCAAGUAAUCAUUGCAGUUUCUCAAAAACUGCAAUCAUUUACAUUGCAGGACUAACUGGGACAAGGAGACUGCACCCAUACCACUUCAAUGAGAUUAAGUGGUCUGGGUGACUGUAGUGUCCCUUUAACAAACAUAUAUGAUUGUCUGUUAUUAAAAAAUCAGUUUAAAUUUUAGGUCAACAACAUUUUUGAUCAUUGUUUUUUAAAAAAAACAAAAAACCCCAAAAAACUGUCCUGUUAGUACAAAUAGUAAAGGAGAAACCGAAACAAUGUUGCAUAUUUAUAAAUGUGUAAUUUCCAGAGGAGUUUCCCUUUAAUUGUAUUAACAUUGUUUCUAGUAAUCUUGUCACUUUAUUUGAUACAGAACAUUUGAUCCCUGUAGCUUCUUGCAACUUGUUGCCACCCACGGGGAUAAGCAUUAUAUACUAUAUCCAUGUAAAACCAUAGGAGCUUAUACCAAAAGCACUUCAAUAGAUUGCUGCAGCUGCUAACACACAUCUCACACUCUGAAUGUUGCCAGGGCAUCCUAAAUCUUUGGAGAUUAAAAUCUCAUGUUCUCUAUAAAAUGAUUACAUCCCAUCUGGUUCAUCUUUGCACUCUGACUGAAGAACAAAAAGCUUAUAUAAAAUUGUGAUUAUAAUGGCAUUUACAUAUGCGGCUGGCUUGAUGGAGGUGUUACUGAAUGUUAUAUAUAUAUAUAUAUAUAUAUAUAUAUAUAUAUAUAUAUAUAUAUAUACACACCAUUUCUGUGUUUUCUUUCUUCCAGUGCUAUGUGCUUCCAUAGUUUUUAGAUAUAUGUUGUCUUCUUUCUUAAUUUUCUGUUACUAAAAUAAUAACUUAAUAUAUUUAAAACAAAAUCAGAUUUCCUCUGUAUCGGACAUGGUUGUUGUAUUUUAAUUGCUGUUUUAAAACGAUUAAAAUACAACAUCAUGGCCUAUAAACUAAGCCUCUCAAUAGGUACGAGAUAUCAAUUCUUCACUACCAUGCACUUUCAGGGUUAUUUACGAACGUGAGAAGUUAAAGGAUCAGUUUGAGCACCAUAACAACUUCAAUGAAACUAAGUUGUAUGAUAAACUUGAAACUACAGAUAGAUAAAUGAGAAUUCACAAGUGAGAUAUUCAUAAAUUAGCAAUAUGCCAAAUACAUACGAGUGACCUAAUAAUUAAAAUAUAACUUUUAAUGAAUUCGUUAAAAAUAGUAAAUGUAUAAGGAUAAAUAUCCAAAUACUAAAUGUAAAGAGUCAUAAUCAGAAAUAGAUAUAUAAUGUGAAGAGUAAUGUAUCUAACUAAUGGAAAUUGCCCCCCAAAAUAUAGUAAUAGGGGCAAAUAACCAGUGAACAAAUAUAUCAAAUAUACCAUGUAAUGACUCAAAGCUAAAAGUGGUAAAUAAUAUAGUUGGGAGGUUCUGUUCAAAAGUUUUCAGAAAUCCAAUCCCAAAAUAAAUUAGCAAAACUAAGUUUUGCAAUCACCGAGAACAAGAAUAAUAUUGUUGCUGUAAAGGUGUUACAAAAUGAAUUAUUAUGUUAUACACAGAGACAAUUCAUAAGUGAGAUAUAAUGUGACACUUUUUAGAACGGCUAAUCGUGUUCCAAUGAGUUUGGGGGAGUUUGGUUUUUUUUUAUCAUUAGGUGACGAGUGAUUUUUAGGAGCACCUUCCUCAUGAUAGACUUCACAAUUAGGACAUAACUCUCCUCUAUUUGCUCCCACUGCAAUCACGGCUAAGUUCUCUUCCCACAGAGGCAGUUUACACAUUUGAGCAAUAUCAGUUGCUCUAAAUGUUACAUUAUAUCUCAGAGGCAGCUUGCUCAUUGGAACACGAUUAGCCAUUCUAAAAAGUGUCACAUUAUUUCUCACUUAUGAAUUGUCUCUGUGUAUAACAUAAUAAUUCAUUUUGUAACACCUUUACAGCAACAAUAUUAUUCUUGUUCUCGGUGAUUGCAAAACUUAGUUUUGCUAAUUUAUUUUGGGAUUGGAUUUCUGAAAACUUUUGAACAGAACCUCCCAACUAUAUUAUUUACCACUUUUAGCUUUGAGUCAUUACAUGGUAUAUUUGAUAUAUUUGUUCACUGGUUAUUUGCCCCUAUUACUAUAUUUUUGGGGGCAAUUUCCAUUAGUUAGAUACAUUACUCUUCACAUUAUAUAUCUAUUUCUGAUUAUGACUCUUUACAUUUAGUAUUUGGAUAUUUAUCCUUAUACAUUUACUAUUUUUAACGAAUUCAUUAAAAGUUAUAUUUUAAUUAUUAGGUCACUCGUUUCUCUCUUUUUUCUUUAUCAUUAUCGCUUGGGCGAAUGGGUUAACCCCUUUAUGAGUGAUCCUAUAGCUUCCCUCAGUUUAGUUGUUUUUUUGCCAAAUACAUACAAUUUACUACAAAAUAGCUAAUUACGUGUGGGUGGGUAGGGUAGAUAAUAGGGUGGUUGGAAAGAAGGGAAAGUGGUGGAGAAGCAUAUUAAAAACUCUUGAGCUUUAUAAGUAAGAGUGCUGACUCCAGGGGACUAACAACCACCGAGACAUCAAAGGUGGCCAAUCAAAGGAUUGCAGGAGUGUAGAGAGGAGGGGCGAUUCCAGAAAACGCCCUUCUAAAGAAUAUUAUAGGAUUUAAAUGUUUUAGACACACUAUGGCAAGGCAUGCAAUGUCAAGUCUUAUGCAACUACUCAGGCUUUAAAAGAUACUCCCCAUUGCAAGCCUGGAGAGCACAUUGCACACUCAGUAGAAGUGAAUUUCUACCUGCGAGGACACAUUUUUUCAUUGCAGAGUGGAAACUUUGAACCCUGGUAUAUUGUAUCCCUUAUCUUGCGGUAUUUAGCACAGGGCCCGACAUAUUAUCUCAUAAAAACUUCAACAAAAAAAGAUACAUAAAAUAAACGUCCCUGCUUAUGGUUAUUUGUACAAACUUUAUUAUCAAUACAGCUUAACAGUAAUGGCAACAAAAUGAAAACUAAUGUCUGUGUUUGAGCAUAAUUCCCAUACAAUUAAGGACAAUAUUUGUAAAAUAUGGAGAAAAUAAUGCAGUUAUUUUUUCAUGUAUUUGUGCCUGGAGGUUUUGUGCUUAGUUUAAUGUUUUCAAGUUUCUGUUGUGCCUGUGUAGUUUCUGUUGUGACUAUGCAAAGCGAUGGGCUUUUGUUCCUGGUAUCUUAGAAUAUUAAUUGGCUUCCCAAGUGUUGUAAUGUGUUUGGUGUCUGCGGUCAGUCCACAGCAUGUAUGAAGCUGAGGCAGGAAAAAACAAGCGCUUCAGCUCUGGAAAGGAAUUAUAAUGAAAAAACAUGAACUAAGGAUAUAAAUGAAAUGGAGUGUUCAUAUGUACAAUAAAUGUAUAUUUAUGUUUCUAGAUUUAUAUAAUUAUUACCAUUUUCCUUUUUUUAUUUUUCUUAAACCUCAGUUUGUAGAAAGUAUCAAUAUGAAUAAGAAACCAUUCCAUCUCGUGGGCACUUCGAUGGGUGGAAAUGUGGCUGGUGUUUAUGCUGCUCAAUAUCCAGCUGAUAUCUGCUAUCUGACUCUUAUAUGCCCUGCUGGUAAGUGUUGUUAUCCACUGUUAUAUGCUAGUGCUGAAUAUAUUAUAGGGUUACUAAAAGCACCAUGGCCUCUAAAGUAAUUUGAAGUUGUCAUCACCUCUGCUGCUGGAUGUAACUCCACCUCCAGCAGCAUCACUACGGUGUCAUGGGCCAGUCUAGAACCAGAAAAGUUCCAGGCUGGCUAAUGUCAAUUCUGUGUAUAUUUUGCAGAAGCUGGAUGCCUGUCACAUCCAGCCUUAAAGGACCACUAUAGUGCCAGGAAAACAUACUCGUUUUCCUGGCACUAUAGUGCCCUGAGGGUGCCCCCACCCUCCGGGACCCCCUCCCGCCCGGCUCUGGAAGGGGGAAAGGGGUUAAAACUUACUUUUUUCCAGUGCUGGGCGGGGAGCUCUCCUCCUCCGAUCCUCCCCGUCGGCUGAAUGCGCAUUCGCAGCAAGAGCGCGCGCAUUCAGCCGGUCACAUAAAUGAAAAUCACAGUGAGAAGCACGCAAGUGCCUCUAGCGGCUGUCAAUGAGACAGCCGCUAGAGGAAAUAGGGGAAGGCUUAACCCAUUCAUAAACAUAGCAGUUUCUCUGAAACCAAACUGCUAUGUUUAUGAAAAAAUGGGUUAACCCUAGCUGGACCAGGCACCCAGACCACUUCAUUAAGCUGAAGUGGUCUGGGUGCCUAGAGUGGUCCUUUAAAGUAGACCAGGUGCGGGGUUGGACCAGGUAAGGGGGCAGACUAUUACAAAACGGUUUGCCCCAUUAGCAGGACAUGGGGCCACAGAACUCCUGGGAUCAUAACCACGAUGGUGGUCUGUAGUUGUUGGCAUUCUUGGAGUAAUCCUUCAACUCUUUUCAUUGAACAAACUGGCUAUGAAUAGGUUAAAUGGAUGAUGUCAUUUUCUUGCUCACUUUGAGUGAGGUAUGGGCAUUGUUUGUGUUUUAUUUGUUUUUCCUCUCAUCUAGUGGCUGGUUAAACUAAGUCAAUGAAAAAUGAUUUACAGACAGACCUUACUGUGGUUCAAGAACACUAUUGUAUUCAUAUUGCUUUCUUAUUCUAAUCUAUAGGCCUUCAGUAUCCAAAUGAUAGUAAAUUCCUGAAACAACUGAAAGAAUCAGGCGAUACACAGAAAAUCCCUCUCAUUCCAUCAACGGCAGAAGAAAUGGGGGAAAUGCUGAAGCUCUGCUCCUACGUGCGAUUUAAAAUUCCACGGCAGGUAAGACACAGGUAGCCAUUUAGGAUAGAUUAGAGUAGGAUUCAUUUGCUUUUUCAUAUUAGCGUGACAAUGUUAUCACUUGCAGUGCUAUUGAUUUCGGUCAAAAUAGCCAAAAUAAAGACAUUGUUUAUUUGGAGACUGUUUCCAAUGUAGCUAUUCCGACGUAAAAUGUAAUAUGUACUUUUAAUUCUCAACAAUUCCCACUUGUGAAAAAUCUUGUUUGUGUUUCACAGCCUGCUUUGUCGUUAAAGGACCACUAUAGUGCCAGGAAAACAAACUCGAAAACAGUUUCUCUGAAACUGCUAUGUUUACAGCAGGCAGGGUUAACCCUAGAUGGACCUGGCCCCCAGACCACUUCAUUAAGCUGAAGUGGUCUGGGUGCCUAUACUGGUUCUUUAAUACAAUAUUUUAAUGUUUCAAAACAAUCAAGACCUUAACUUCUUUAAUUAAAGGGAAGGGACUCUCCAGUGCCAGGAAAACAAAUCCGUUAAACAGGCCUGUUAAACAGAGAUCAACAGAGGAAUUGUUGUGAUUUCAUUAAAUUAAAUAAAUUGCUAUUUAUGGACAUGAAAAAUAGAUCCAUUUAUUAUUGACUCAAGAGGUCAAAACUGUACAGUCCACGGUUAGUUGGUGGUCUUUGGUGCUUUGGUUUAAAUAGCUUCUUUUUUAUUUUAAAACCGUACUUUAUUGCUAAGGCUGCCUGCAGAAGUACACAAUGAAAUCUAGAAAUGUGAUUUCAUGUGCAGCAGAGUGUUCUGGGAGAAUUACAGAAAUAUGAUUUUUCAGAAUUGCUGCGCCCAAGAUAGAUUUCCCAAAUUUUGAAUUCAGGAAACAAAACUUGAUUUUAAAGGGUUAAUGAGCAAUAUGUAGGCAUCCUUCAGGUCACCCCUUUUUGGAAUAAUAGAGGACUGUAAAAUGUUACUGUAGGCAGCAGAUGUUUGGUAUGCUUGUUCAUUUUAGUGUACCUGACAAAUUUGUUAAAGGAACACUAAUGUUAAAAAUAUAUUUUAUUUUUACAUCUAAUCUGCUCCUUUCUUCAUUGAGAUUAAAAGAAAUUACAGAAAGCAGACAGUUUCUUUGAUCACUUACCUCCAUUAUGCGUAAGCACAACAUCCGCUACCGCUGUAGCCUUUCGCGCCCCUUGAUAGUCUUCCAGGGGGACACAAUGUAUACAAUACACAAUCCUGAAGGAGCCGCGUCGACUCACAAAACCUGGGCCUUCCAUUUGAUUCGCUUGGUCCACCCAAACAGGCUGCAGCGCCCACGGGUUCUCGUGGCUGGAACCCAGCAAACACUCCAGAGUUUGUGCCUAGACUGUCCACUUCGGAUUCUUAUACCACAGUCACGACCUGAACCCUAGCUGGAAUAAGUCAGGGUAGCCCAUCUAAAAAAAAAAGAAUUGUUUAUUAGUUCUACUUCCAAUAGCUUCUUAGGUUUAACAUUCCAUUACUACAUGUAGCGUAGGCAAUAAACACAUGCCUGGAUCAGCCCGACUGUCUAUUGCCCAUAUACCACCCCCCACCUCCACGCCUUAGGGUAAUGUGACAACGCUUUUAUAUAAAAACCACAGUGUGAUAUGUGUAUGUUUACCACUGCUUUCGUAUACCUUGAAUUCUCUAUACGUCUUUGUCUCUUGAUUCUGCCAAACUCAUGUCUCACUGUGCAAAAAUAAAGAUAAAAAAAACAAACAAAAACAAUUACAGAAAGCAACUGUAAUAUCAGUUGAUAUCAGCAAAUUUAAUUGCUAGUGUAGAACUCGCCUUUUGGGGCUUGACGUGGCAGGUGAGCUUAUAUUCAAAUGACCAUGGGAAUAAAACUAAAGAGCCUCCAUUUUGUUUAAAUGUACAUAGGGAUUUAGGCCAGAGCGCAAGUAACGUUCUCUUUGGUUUUACUAUGUAUUUUAAGCUGUUGGAUACUAAGCUACUGCUGCUGUAAGCGCGGUGCUUUAUCUUUGUGUUUGUAAACAACCAACUAACUUGUAAUCCUGAAUUGAAAGUAGGAUAAGUGUACGUGAUAUAACUGAAGUUUGUUUUAUUUUGACUGCAAAAGCAACACAAAACUUUGAAACAAAGUGUUCAGAGAAAUGUAUGCCUUACUUUGCAUCUUAUAUACCUCUUUGUACCAAAUAUGCAGUAUUUUAUAUUGAUAAAUAAUCUUUAUCUUCUCUAUGGUAAACUGUAUUGUUGUACUUUAACUGUAUUUCUACAGGUUUUGCAGGGCCUUGUCGACGUACGCAUUCCUCACAAUGAAUUUUACAGAAAAUGUAAGUUAAGAUAUAUGAGAUAAACUGUAAGUAAUACAUAGGAUAAUAUAUGUAGUCCAGGAAGUACAAUAUUGGGUUUCCAAUGUACAACACAAACACAGCUUAAAUCAAUAUUUUAAUAUGGGUAUGCAUAAUAGAUGAGAGUAUUUGACUUUGAUUAAACAGAAUAGGGAUGCAUUUUAACAUACAUCGUAAACUGUUCUAUGAACCAACAAAGUGUUUGUUUUGAAUUAUGCUGGUUUAUUCAUAAUUUUUAUGUAUUUUCUAGUGCCACGUGCGUUUUUUGAAAACGGUGUACUUCUUGUUAACAAAACUUACAUAAAGUAGAUAUAGUCAUUUGAGAAAUACCGUGUUCUCUUUUUUUAUAAUUAUUUUUAGUCUUUUAGGUAUAGCAACCUUUGCAUAAUGGGGGUUUGCGUCAAAAAAGGUUAAAAACGACUAUCUGCUAAAAUCUAAAAUAUCCCAUAAUGCUAAAUAUGCUAAAAUAUCCCAUAGGCACAUUUUCUGAUUAAUAUACAAUGUAGUGUAGUUUCUAAUCCAUUUUACUCUUUCAGUGUUUUUAGACAUAGUCGGGGAGAAUUCACGUUACAGUCUACAUGAGCAAAUGGCUAAAAUCAAAGCUCCUACCCAAAUAAUAUGGGGCAAGCAGGAUCAGGUAAGGAUCUUCACCCUUCUGAUACUGUAUUCUGUCAGAGAGGAACCAGUUAAUAUACUUUGUUUUUAACUUUAAUUCAGGUGCUGGAUGUUUCCGGAGCUGAUGUUUUGUCGAGUUCGAUACCUGGAAGCCAGGUGGAAAUACUAGAAAACUGUGGACACUCAGUGGUUAUGGAGAGACCCAGAAAAACUGCUAAACUAAUAGUGGACUUCUCAUCUACGUCGAAAGACGGGGAAAACCACAAAAAGCAAGAUUAAUAUUCAGGAAGCCGAGGGUACAAUGCAGUUCUUUGGAAACUCUGAGAUCCUCAAGGGAAUUGUAGAACAUUUAGGAAUGCCAUUUAGUUCCUAGUGGACAUAAUGAUCACUAGAAUGUUUGACUGAGCUACAAAAAGGCCCAAUUGGCAAAGUUUCAUGGACCCUGAUCAUAAAGGUCACGAGUGGUCUUUGGUAAAUAUAUGGCCGAAUAACCAAUACUCACUCAAGGUAAAGUAUAUUGCUCAACUCACAGGAGUCUGUUCACGACGCAGACAUGUAUGCCUCCAUAGGCAGCUGUAAUCAAAACCUUGUGAUUACCGACUCACAAUCUUGUGCACGACACUAAAUAUUAGAUAUCUGUUCUUCCUGUUGAUGAAAACACACAAUAUUCGUAAAGAACUGUUAUAUUAAAUGUCAGUAGUGGGAAGGGGGUAUAUUAGAUAAUAACUUGUAGUUCUAGCCAGUUAUAAAUUUUCUGUUGGAAAAUUAAGCAAAGAACUAUAGGAGCGACUGCAGGAGUAUGUAAAAUAUCACGGGAUAUUUGCACAUACAUGUAAAAUAAGUGCCAGAAAAAAACAAAACUCUUUGACAACUGUAGCAUUGCAGAAAAAAAUAUCUGGAUGGAUGGGGUUCAUUUAAAAUGUUGUUAAUAGAUUUAGAAAAAGUCACCUUAGAUAAAUGUACAACACAGGAAUUUAACGCCAUAUCUUAUUGAUUUUUAAUGUGUACAAAAUUGCUACAAUUUUGAAAAAUGGCAUAUUUUUACCCCAUAUAUCUAUCUACAUUCCAUUCGGCACCAGAACCAACAUACCAUGUAUAACGCUGGGUAAGUGCAGAGUAGACAAGUGGAUUUUUACACGUAAGAUCAUGAACGCGGACAGUGAGUUUGCAGUGGGAAAGAUUAGGGUACUUUGUAAAAAUGGUAGAAGUAUGUGUACUGAUGGAAGCUGGCCGUACUGCAGUAUGUCAUAUAAGUGAAGUGUCUAUAGGGUGUCUGUAGAGUAUAGAGCCUUUAUUCACACUUUACCCCUUUGGUGUCAUUAUGAUGUUAUUGUGAUUUUCUGUUGGCUGCUGAAAGAACUACAGGGUUAUUCAAUAAAGUGUGAACCACUGGGAAUUCAAUGUGAAUUUCAAAUUUAGUCCAAAAUAGCUGAUCUGGGAAAAGCUUGGGCUUUGCAAAUUUUUCCGAUUUGGCUUUUCUGGUUUAAAAUAUUAAAUUCAUUUAGAAUUUCUGACACUUCUUACUUUAGUAAUUACUGCCUGUAUGUUGGCAAACUGUAUCAAGGACCAGGUCUAAAUGACAUUGAUGCAUAAUAAGCAGUAAUAUGCGUAACCUAUUCCCACCUAAAAAACAAAUGUAAAGAAAAAAAAAAGUCACUCAGUAGCUCUUUAACAAAUGCAAAUUGUUGUAUGCAAUGAAUGUUUGCAAAAUAGUUUUUUUAAUUUUUAAUUUUUUUUUUUUUAGUAAUUCCAAAUGUACUACACCAAGUACUGUAAUUCUUUAUAAAACCUCUGAGAUCACUGGCAAAAAAGUCUAGCCAUGCAACAGCUCUUCAACGCCGUCCAAGUAAAAAAAAAUGAACUUAAGAUGAACUGUUCUAAAAUGUGCAGACAAUACUGACCAAUUGAUUUGUAUCUGAAUUCUAUAUGGAGCUGUUGUAUUGGCUAUACUAAGCUGCAGUGUUUGAAAUAUGCACAACAUACUGUGAAAUCAAAUAAGGAUAAGCCUGAGAAUUUUGCUUCCUGAUGCACAGCAUGCCAAACUUUAUACUUCUUAUAUAAAAUGAGGUUAUUUGUCAUUUAUUUAAUUUAUCUACUUGUUAAAAUUGUGUUAAACAACUAGGUGUCUAUGUAGAGCUCAUUCUGGGAGACAAAAUAUGCAAGACGAGAAGCAGCGAGGUCCUCUGAUUGAUUGUGUCACAUAAACGCAAUGGCUUAAUUGAGAUAUAUAUAUAUAUAUAUUAUAAAAUAAUUUGCAGGUACUGAAUUAUAUAUAUUUAUAUUAUGUCAAGGUGUGCCAGUUGAUCCACUUGAGGCAUUAGUCCUGUCAAAAGUCAGAUCUUGAGGUGACUGCAAAAACCCUGGGUGCAGUGUGGCCCAUUGCUGUGCCUUUAGAUGGAUAGAUUCAUUACUUGAGUGACACCUGUACACCACCUAUGGUGGCCAUGUUUCUAUUGUCGAACCAAUUGUGAGAAAAAUACUGGUAUGUAUUACUCAAGAUACGAUACUUGUAGUACUAUCUUAUCCAGUUCUGCAGUUACAAGCAUGCAACGUUCUUAAAACGCAACCAAAAUGUGAUGCCACGUGAAAUAAAACACACAAAAUCCGCUGUGGUCAUAUUUCUGGAGAUAAUAUACUUGUGAGGCUGAGCUUAAACAGAAGCCUCUCUUACUAAAACAGUAUGUAGGCCUUCCUGAGCCAGUGUAUAUUGUCUAAACUCACAAUUGAACACAGUCAUUACUCAGUCAUUACUCAGGCAAAGCUAAGGUUAAAAAAAAUAAUAAUAAUAAAUCUCACCAAAACGCACUAUAUCUUUUGGUGGCAACAUUGUCUAUGGUAUUCAGCCAUUUUUGUAAACAAAACAAAGUGGAGUACCACUGUAAUACUGCCUUGGCAUCCUCCACUGUAAUACUGCCCUGGCAUCCUCCACUGUAAUACUGCCUUGGCAUCCUCCCACGGGAAGUAGUCAAUCUUUUUGAGAAUAGUUUGACAACUUACCUGUUGUGUGCUUGAUGCCAUUUGCCGCAUUCUCUGCCUACAAAAAAUCUUUGCACUGAACUAAGCCCAGCAGUGCAGUUCUAAAACCCCCUUGCCACCAUGGAUUGGAGCUUGAGCUCCUUAAAGGUGGACACAUUUAAAGCUGCAAAAAUGAGGAGGGGGAAAUAAUCUGCUCCUAAACAGGCACAGCAAUGGUCACUCUGCAUGCGUAGUACUGCUCCCAGCUGAAAGAAUUAAUUGUGAAAACUGCAAAAAUGUAAAUGUAGGUUUCUAUUUUAUUUUUUUCUAAGAAACCUCCAAACACCAUAACUACUACAGCAUACUGUAGUGGUUAUGCUGCUAGGAAUGCCCUUGCACAACACCAAUAAAAGUAGUCAAACUGUUUGCUAAUAAAUUAACUUCUUACCUGGGGUUCGUUUCCAGCCAGAAAUUCAUUCUAGAACCUUCUGUAAGUUCUUCUGAGCUACGCCCAGCUCAUUGACCGAGAGCAUCAUUUGAUGGCACCGCCAUGCAGCUCUCAUUAAAGAAACGAGUGGUACUCAGCAGACCUCAGGAAGAAGUCAAAUGGUUAGAAAAUUAUUAGAGGGUGCAGUGCAGUGUGCUGUAGUGUUUAUGGUGCUUGGAGUUUUCCCUUAAUUUUACACUUUUUGUGUUGAAUGGAAAUACCAAACUUACUUUAAAGGAACACUAUAGUGACCUAAAUUACUUUAGCUAAAUAAAGCAGUUUUAGUGUAUAGAUCAUUCCCCUGCAAUUUCACUGCUCAAUUCACUGUCAUUUAGGAGUUAAAUCACUUUGUUUCUGUUUAUGCAGCCCUACCCACACCUCCCCUGGCUAUGAUUGACAGAGCCUGUAUGAAAAUAAAAACUGGUUUCGCUUUCAAACAGAUGUAAUUUACCUUAAAUAACUGUAUCUCAAUCUCUAAAUUGAACUUUAAUCACAUACAGGAGGCUCUUGUAGGGUCUAGCAAGCUAUUAACAUAGCAAGGGAUAAGAAAAUCUUAAUUAAACAGAACUUGCAAUAAAGAAAGCCUAAAUAAGGCACUCUUUACAGGAAGUGUUUAUGGAAGGCUGUGCAAGUCACAUGCAGGGAGGUGUGACUAGGAUUCAUAAACAAAGGGAUUUAACUCCUAAAUGGCAGAGGAUUGAGCAGUGAGGCUGCAGGGGCAUGUUCUAUACACCAAAACUGCUUCAUUAAGCUAAAGUUGUUCAGGUGACUAUAGUGUCCCUUUAAUAUUCAUGUCAGCAAAAAGGGAUGGUUAUUUCUGGAAAUGUUAUCUUCACAGACUGAUUGUUUUUCCUUUAAUAAUUUGUAUAUGGAUGUUAUUGAUAAAUUAAAAGAUUUCU